ACCGAUAACUUCUCUCACUUCGUGCCGCCGCUCGCUCGUUCAAACGGUACUCGUCGUAAGUGAUCAAAAUAGAACGUCGAGUCGCGACGAGAGACAGAAAAAGCAGGUUCAGUUCAGUCAACAUGGCCCCACCGGGAGCCGGGAAAAACAAGAGCCAUUCGGCCAAACGGGGCAGCACAUCCGGCCACGGAAAAUCAUCCAAAGAAGUAUCGUUGUGGAGCCACUGGCAGAAGCAGUAUCUGAAUGUGGCGUUUGUAAAAUCGCUGAUCUUCGAUCCGGCCCGGCUUCCGCUGGUGUCGUGGCUUAUUCUGGCCGCCGAGCUGGUGCUGAACGUUUUCGUCGUGCGGAAGGUUCCGUAUACGGAAAUCGACUGGAAGGCUUAUAUGCAGGAGUGCGAAGGCUUCCUGAACGGAACUACCAACUACGCUGAACUGAGAGGUGACACUGGUCCAUUGGUUUACCCGGCUGGAUUUGUCUAUAUCUACAGUGCCCUGUACUUCAUCACGUCCCACGGUCAAAACAUCCGUCUGGCGCAGUACAUCUUUAUUGGCAUCUACCUGCUGCAAAUGGGAUUGGUUCUGAGGUUGUACAGCAAGAGCCGGAAGUUGCCACCGUAUGUGCUGGUCAUUACCACAUUCACGUCCUAUCGGAUUCAUUCGAUUUACGUGCUGAGGUUGUUCAAUGACCCAAUAGCGAUUCUGUUCCUAUACUUUGCACUGAACGCUUACAUCGACAAUCGAUGGACUUUGGGCAGCAUCUUCCUCAGCUUGGGCGUUUCCGUAAAAAUGAACAUUCUCUUGUUCGCUCCGGCCAUUUUCCUGAUGUUCAUCACCAAUCUAGGACUUGUGAAGACAAUUGUGCAGCUAACCAUUUGCGGUGUGAUUCAAUUGUUUCUGGGAGCUCCAUUCCUGCUGACACAUCCGUGGGAAUAUUUGAAGGGAAGCUUCGAUCUCGGUCGCAUCUUCGAACACAAGUGGACCGUUAAUUACCGCUUCCUUGAGCGGGAAAUUUUCGAGAACAAGACCUUCCAUCUCGCACUCCUAGGACUGCACGUGCUGCUGUUGAUUGCCUUCGCUUCACCCUGCUACAAAUACUUCCAGAACUAUUGUCGCCUCAGGCAUCUGGAAGCCAUGUUCGCGCCACAAAUUGCCGCUAAGAACCGUGAGGUCGCCUUAGAGAAAAAGAAGAAGAAGGAAAAGCCAAAACCGGCGCCGAAGAAGCCUGAAGAAAAGCUCACCAAAGAGCAGGAACAGUUCCUGAAGUCUUUCGAAAAAGGCAUCAAGAAGAUGUCCGGAAAGGAAUCCGCCCCAUCACCUGUGGUCAACAGCUCCCCGGAACCUCCAGCUGAAGAGGCCCAACCCAGCAAGUUCUCCAUCCACUUCGAUCGUGCCACCCAGCUGGCCCUGCUUCCCAUCUUCCUGGCGAACUUCAUCGGAAUUGUGUGCGCUCGCAGUCUACACUACCAGUUCUACGUCUGGUACUUCCACAGUCUGCCCUACCUGACCUGGUUCACCGAGUACAGCACCAGCCUAAAGUUCCUACUCCUCCUGCUGAUAGAGUUUAGCUGGAACACUUACCCGAGCACCGCGGUAAGUAGCCUCAUUCUGCACACUUGCCACAUCAUCUUGCUGGUCGGAAUUGGGAAGAAGAUGUUCCGCAAAAUUCCGGAACUAUCGCAAAUGACCAAAGCCACCGAUUGAGAUUCGGGGUCAGGGUUUAGAUCUCGUGUAGGCGAAAGGAACGUGUGCCAAUCAAAAAGACGAUAGACGGACGGGAGGACAACGAAAUUGAUGCAUUUUUCUGCGCUAUAGUGUGCCUUUUGCUCGAAUACGAAUUGUUUUCGAUCAGGGUUUUCUUAUAUUUUUUGUGUUUUGUAGAGUAGGGUUUUUAUUGACCGAUUUCUGUGUUUGAUGUGUUUAUUGUAACGUAAUAGAGCUUUAAUUUAUUUGAUGUGAAA